GGGACGAGAGUCCGUCUCACGUAUGAUUCCAUGUCUCGGAUGAGGAGGGGAGAGAGAGAAGAGAGAGAGAGCAUCAGGAAUGUCGGAGGAGGGAGAACUUGAUUCCUGUCGAGUCUCUCCUUUCAGCCUCUCUUCUUUCUCUCUUCUCUCUCCUCUCCUCUCUCCCGUCCUUUUCUUCUCUCCUUGACUCUCCUCUCAAGUCUCCUCCCUCUCCUCCCUCCCUCUCCCCUCACAAAAGCAAUCAUCAUCAUCAUCAUCAUCAUCAUCAUCCUCAAUCCUCCGCCGCAGUCUCGCCGUGAUCUUCACGCACUCCGAUGCUGUAUCCAUGGCCGGAUGUGGGGACCCUCUUCUCCACACUUUCCCCCUCCAUCAGCCAUCUGCACCAUCGAGUAUCAUCGACCCCUCGGAUCUCCAGUGUUUCGCGACGCUUUCGUCUUCACGUGCGCCCUGAGCCAGCCAUGAUGUGCGCCCGGCAAUUGUCUUGUCUGGCUGUGGGCUGCCUCUGCGCUGGAGAAGGCAUUUAUCUGUACUGUACUAUACUAAGCAGUGCCCAGCCAAGCCAGCCUUGCAGCCUUGCCAGGUGCUCGUGCGAUCGAAUGCGCCCAAUAACAAGAGUCGAGAGAGUUGCGCGAUUAUUCCUUUCCACUUCUUCCUGCACUGUCCACUCAAUGGAUCCUCAGAUCAUCAAUCAGCAGCUCCCACGCAUUGGCCGCAUCGCUAGAAGCACGUCUCUUCCACAGAGCCGACUCUCCUCUUUUUCAUGUUGAUCCCAGCACCCCCCC